CAACAACACCAGAAAAGUGCAACCCGCAGCAUCGGCGCCAGAUAUACCCCCAAGCAACCCACCUCGACGCACACGACAAUGCCAGCGCGGCCGACUCUCAGCAGCUGGGCCUCGGGGUCCCGCGCACUCACGCCGUCAUUGGCGCGCUCGGCCGUGCCCUCGCCCCUCGCAGCAACGACGCACCUGCGGCCUUCGCUGGCAACGCUUCCUCCAACCACGACGACACGCGCCGCGCGCAGCAUCGGCAGCAUCGCGCCCGAGCACGUCCGCUCGCGCUUCAACUACGGGGCGCACCUGCCGGUGCUGGGCGCGAGCCACACGGGCGCCCUCGCCCGCAAGACAUGGAAUAUCCCGGAGCGGACGGGCGCUCUCGCAACCAAGAAGGGCAUGACGGCGCUGUACGACGCGGCGACGGGCGAGCGCACGCCCUGCACCGUGCUGCAGAUGGACCGCUGCGAGGUUGUGGGCACCAAGCGCCGCGACCGCCAUGGCUACUGGGCGGUGCAGGUGGGCGCGGGCUGGAAGCACGAGAGCAAUGUCUCUCGCCCUAUGCUGGGGCAUUGGAGCAAUCUUGGUGUUUCGCCGAAGCGCUUCGUCAGCGAGUUUAGGGUGGCGGGUGAGGGCGGCAUGUUGGAUGUUGGGAGUAUUAUUACGCCGGAGUGGUUUGUCGUGGGCCAGUUUGUGGAUGCGAGGAGCGUGAGCCACGGGAAGGGGUUUGCGGGUGGCAUGAAGCGCUGGGGCUUCGGCGGUCAGCCCGCCUCCCACGGUCAGUCGCUCAUGCACCGUGGUAUGGGUUCGUCGGGUGGUUCGCAGGGCAGCGGUUCGCGCGUGCUGCCGGGCAAGAAGAUGCCGGGUCGCAUGGGCGGGCACCGCGUCACGAUCCAGAACCUCAAGGUCAUGCACGUCGACGCGGCGAAUGGCAUUGUUGUCGUUAGCGGCGCCGUCGGCGGCCCCAAGGGCUGCAUCGUGCAGAUCCAGGACGCGCUCAAGAAGCCCUGGCCCGUGAUCCCGGAGGCGAACGCCGCCGCCGCCACCGCUGCUGCUUAAAGUGCCAUAGAAUUUAGCACUAGAGCAUCGGCUGGAAUAAACGUCUGCUUUUGAGUAACGAGUAUUGAAAGUUUCGGAAAACGCUGGUUCAGUGAGUGUGUGUGGGGGAAGAGUGGUGCGUUGUGUAUGAUAGGGCAAAAUCGACAAUGUGGGUGGGUGUGGGUGUAUAUAGCGCUAUGCAUAUGUUUUGUUUGGGGGUUGGCGCGGGUCUGCACUUCUUCCUGUCCCUAUUGCCUAUUGCAAGAACAACAACAACACAACAGAACCAGCACGCACAGCCAUCAGCCACCAGCCUCAACCCUCA